AUGUCUUAUCGUCGCCGUCAGCAUCGGAGCUGCGAUCAAUGCCGUAAAGGCAAGAGAGCAUGCGAUGCCCUCCUAGCUGACGAGCUUGAGGGAAUUGCGGAGAUUGGUGCUCAACAAGCAUAUAAUCACUCUUGCUCCAAUUGCAGGAAAUACAAGAAAAAAUGCACGUUCGACUGGCUCUUGAGCCACAGUCACAUAGCAUCGCGGCAUGGUCAUAGCAAGAGAGCCAGAAAUGUUGCCAUUGCUCGUUCCCGGCAGGCGAACGACCAUUCCGCUCGAUCCUCUCAACAAGCCUCCAUUGGGCGUAAUCCUGCAGAAGACCCCCAGCAAAAUGCCGAGAACUGUGGACGCUCAAUGUUCGUUUGGGAUCCGUUUUUGCCGUUGCCACAAGACGAAGGACUAAAUGCGGACUGGUUGAAUUGGGGGAACCUGAAUGACACAGCUUUCGUCUCGCCUGUGAGCGACGAUAUGAUCGUCAAUAGCAAUAGCCACGUCGACGUCGACCAUACACCACCAAUGACUGCCCAGUGGACCUCUCCCGGAGCUUGCCAAGAUUGGCAUAUUAUCGAUCAAACUGCGUUGCUCGACAUGGUGAGCAAUUCAAGCGCUUCGUCGCAAUCAAAUGUCACACCUGGCACCCAGCCAUUUCGGAGCUGUGGUGUCAAUUCUGAGCUCUCGCUGUAUGAUGUUCCACCAACCGAAGUUUAUGCUGCGUCCCUGCCAACGAACACUACACUGUGUGUAGGCUCUAACCAAUUAUCACACAAUUAUGCGAACUCCACGAUGGCGCACAACUUAUUACAUAUAUACAACGACAGUAUGGAAAACGCAUUGAGCUGUUGGCUGACGGAGCGUAAUUGUCCCUACAGUAAUCCGGGAUGCGUUAACGCAGCAGGACCGAAGACAGGCCCUUACACCACACAUAGAAUUUACAGACGGGUUUGCCUCUUAGAUCGGGCAUACUCAUCCAUCUCAGGUCGACGUCUGACGAGCGUGGAGAAUCGGACAGCAACGCAGGUACUUCAUGCUGCCAUCAUGGCAUUCGCUUCUCAGUGGCUAGAGGAACGUUCACUAGACAAAUAUAUUCGAAUCCCAGCCACCGCGCUUCACCAACGAAGAGGCAUACGUGAGGGUUUCUGGAACCAAGCACGUCAUGCACUAGAGCAAUCGAGAGCAAUCCCAUCUUUCCGCGUGGCCUUUGCGCAUAUGUUGAUUUCGCUAACUCAGCCUCCCCUACACUUUGAAGAAGGGAUGGAGCUCGGCGGACUCAUAGACCAUGAUCCUGCACCGAUAUACCUCGAAACGGCGCUCCGGCAAAUGUUUACUUUUCGUUCGACGUUGAUCAAGCUUCAGCGGCAAGGUCCCAACAGGGCCCUCGAGCAUGGCUGCAAAGGGAGCCAAUGCGAGGAAUACCAUACAGGACAAAGCAACCAUCAGUCAGGCCAGGUUGAUGUGAUGCUGAAGAACUCUGAAGCUCAACACACUUUCGAUCUUCUAUUCUGGCUGGGCAUUAUGUUUGAUACAUUGACGUCGGUCAUAUAUCAACGGCCCCCUGUGAUUUCCGAUGAGGACAGUCAGAUUAUACGCACCCGGUCGCCCAUAUUUUCGUUUCCGGAUGCCGUUGACUUGGAUGGAUGGGAUAUUGGCUCCUCUUCUAUUUGCAAGAGCAAAGAAAGUGUAUGGGGCGAUCUAUUUCUUCGCAAACGUAACAUGCUCCACAACCUCAACCAGGCCCGCUGGCCCUGUUCUUACGAAGAAGCAGCGGAAGUCUUAUCUGACGCAGCGCCGGUAAAGGUCCUUCUAUUCCGUCGCAUAACUCACAUCAAUACGCUUGUAUGUCGGGUAGGUGAGGCUGAGGCGAUCGAGGAAGCGAUCCACAACGCUCUCUUGGUCUACGAGUACUGGAACUCCACAUACGAGCAAUUUAUGCUGGAUUGCCUCUCUCAUCAUACAGAGCUCCCGUCUCGCAUACAAUCGUGGUAUUUAGUGCUGGCCGGGCAUUGGCAUCUUGCGGCGAUGUUGCUCGCAGAUACCCUUGAGGACAUUGACCAAGCGCGACUUGGUCUAGAUUCUCAAGCCACGUAUCGGUCCACGACGGGUGUCAUCUCGCGCUUGAGACGCGAAAGUGCGUUCGCUGUUGGAGAUCUUGCCCAAUACUCUUACGAUCUGCAGGACUCGUCGCAUCCGAAGCUCCGCAACUUUCACGAUUCUGUCAAUCAGGCUGCAUCCUUGACGGAGCCAUGGGCUGCUGUACUUAUCCACUCGUUCAGAAAGGCGGGCACUAUUCUAACCAGAGAGAUCGACAUAUCGCAAAGUGACUACCAAAUGCAGCAAGAGUCUUUCAUGCUGGCGUGUCAGCGUUGUGAGCACUGUAUAAAGGCCCUGCAGUGCCUGGGGAAAAAGUCAGAUAUGGCUCUGAUCGCAGCUCAGGGACUAUUGGACAGUGUAAACAGCACAUUGUCGCGACCCAAUCCUAUUGAUUUAUACAAUAUGUGCGCCCUGUGA